UGUCGCUGCUAAUCCUCAGGAGCUUACUCAAUUCUCGUAAGAGGGUUUUACUAGCAGCACCAAUGCCCAAGAAUUCUCCCCAAACAAGCGCUGGAUCUUCUGUUUAUCCUCCGAGGAAAACCUUUAUCCGAGGAGAAAAACAAACCUAGUUACAGCAGCUGAGAGGGGCAGAGGGGAGAACGGUAGGCCCGGUUCAACCGGUAAGCAUUUUUUCAUCUAUUCGGUCUCAGGUGUUAGUGUAGCACAAACAAUGAUUUGUCCUCUUGUUGCUGGGUUGAUUUGACCUGCAGGGUGUCCAGUGUGGGAGGAUGCUGGGAAGCUCGGCAUGUUUUGCUCUGUAUGUUUGAUCCUCUGUGACUCACAGAUCAUGCAUAAUAAAAAAAAAACUAAAAAACCUUAGAUUUGAUGGUGCAUUUGUUCAUGUGUGGCUCGUAGUGAGCAUGCUACAUGCACACACUCACGGCCAGCUGCUGUCUUUCUCCUGAACAAUUCAUGCUGCUAAAUAAGGAAACUGGUUCAAUCUACAGACCAUGACAGAAACCGACAGUUUUAAAAACACUCAAGGAAUUUAUGAAACUGAUACACAGCUAAAGAGGCAUUAAGGUUUCACAGUCACCUCUGUGUGACCUGAUCACUUUAGGGGAGCUACUUUUUUCCAGAUGUUGACCUCUGUCUGUCUGAGCUCUUGCUUUACAUUAAUAAUGCAGUUUUCCUUGUUCCUGCCUUUUCUCAAUACUAAUUAUUUUCUCCACGGUCUCCCCCUUUAUGCCCCCUUCUCCCUGCCCCUGUGCUCUCUUUCACUUGCCUGCACUAAUCCUUUUGUUGUGGACUGAGGGGCCCAGGCUUUGCCUGACCAUUCGGCACUGUAAGGGCUUUUCAGCUGAAGGGUGCCCGUCGAGCCCUCCUGCCCUCCAUCAGAUCAGUCCUGCAUAUUAACGCCUCCCUCAGCAAGGACACAUUGCUGCUUUUCUUUUUUAGAAGCUUUCCGUUCCCUGUUGUCAUUCACCUUGAGCCAAGCUUCUCUCCCAGUUUUCUUGUGUAUGUUUUCUGUCUAUCACCUCCUUGUUGUCUCAAUCUCUUAGCCAGUCCUCGGAGCUUGAGGGAGUUGGACCGUGCUGGUAGGAACAUGCACUUCAGGAGCAGUGCUCUAUGUUUGCUGCUGCUGCUGCUAUGUCUGUGCGUGCUGGGGAGAGUGCUGAAAGUGGAAGGGCAGGAGCAGGCGUACCUGUCGGAAGCUCUCGGGGCUUUGAAUUUGCCCCUGGGGAUGGAGGACGAGCCUCGGCUCCAGAGAAACAGAACCAAUGUCCUGAUCAGCACGCUGCUGCAUGCGGUGCACUGUGCAGAGCGGACUGGCAUGUCUCAGGACAUGUGUGAGAAGUGCCUGACACCAGAUGUAGCCCUCUCUGUGCUGGAGGAUGAUGAGAAGACUUAUCUCACUGAGGAGGACUACCAGCAGAUCUCAACUGUUCUGCUGUAUUACAUAAUUAACUUGCAAGAUCUGUGUGUGUCGAAAGCUGCAUCUCCGUCCUCCCUUUCCUCCCCAUCUGCGAACUUUCAGUUUUACCUUCUGGCCCUCACUAACCUACAUCCAGCUGAGGAUAACCUCUUCCUGUCACCCAGUGAAACAGAAAGUAUUCUGCAGCUCAUUAGCCAGCACUACGGCCCCUCCGACCAAGACACCGCCUCUGAUUUGCAAUGUAUUGAUGCAGCUCGUCUCCUAGAAGAUAUUGACGUUAAGGGAAAUCCAGGUGCUGCAGCGACUACUGUGCCAAUACUAGCUGCAGCCAUCAUCAGCCAUAUUCUGCAAGGCCACUGUUUCAGACGGAGGAACCUCCCAUCCCCGGCCUUCUUUACAGACUAUAUCUUUCAAUCUCUAAAUCGCACAAGUAACCUACAGAUUAUAGACUUGGAGGAGCUACUUCAUCAGUUGGGAGUCGGACAGGAAGGAGCGAUGCACUCUCAAGACAGAAAGAGGCGGAGCAUCACAGAACGUUCACAGAAGGUGGACAGCUGCAACCCUGAAUCUGAAGGAAUACGCACAGAUUGGGCACAGGUAUGUUUUUCAGCCAAUCAGUUGAUGGAUAUUUUUGCUCUGGAUCCUCAUUUGCCAAUUUCCAAGGAGCACUUCAGACAAAUUUGCCCGGCCAUCAUUCAGCAGUUGCUAGGCAAUGCCUGUGAGCCUGCAGAGGAAAAAGCAAGAGGAUCUUUACCCACUGCACUCGAGAAGUACGGCUACAGUACAGCCGCUGUCCUGCUCAUCACGGUGGGCUCCAUGUUUGGUAUCUGCCUGAUCUUCUUCAACUCCUGCCAGGAGACCUACAAUCUCAUCCUGCAGCUGUUUGUGGGACUGGCAGUGGGAACCCUCUCUGGAGAUGCCCUCCUGCACCUCAUACCGCAGAUUCUUGGCCUCCAUGACAACACUCACAGCCAUGAUGAUAAACACUACAUUGAAGAAAAAGACCAUCUGUGGAAGAUUCUGGGCAUGAUCGCUGGGAUUUAUGGCUUUUUCCUUAUUGAAAGAAUAUUCUCCUUUUUAGUUCCUUCUCACGGCCAUGGUCACUCCAGCGACCUUCCCUUAGAGCUGAACUGCAACGGUCAGUCACAGAGGGGCAAGUCCAUCUCCACCAUACAGCUGGGACCAGUGGAGGAUUUUGAGUGCGCAGACAUAUCUCCUGAACGUGCAGAUACAAGGAGGCCUUCACAUCAGAGACAAGGGCUUUCUCUGCUGGCUGUGAUGGUAAUUGUGGGAGACAGUCUUCAUAACUUUGCCGACGGUCUGGUGGUCGGGGCGGCUUUCUCUUCUUCAGCCGAGACUGGCAUGGCAACCACUGUGGCCAUCCUGUGCCACGAGAUCCCGCACGAGAUGGGGGACUUUGCAGUGUUGCUCAGCUCUGGACUCUCAGUAAAGACUGCCAUGUUAAUGAACUUCCUCAGCGCUCUGACAGCCUUCAUGGGGCUCUACAUUGGACUCUUUGUUUCCGCUGAGAUAGAAGUACAGCAGUGGAUCUUCUCUGUUACUGCUGGGAUUUUUCUCUACCUGUCACUGGUAGAAAUGCUUCCAGAGAUGAGUCGGGUGAAGACCGACAGGCCGUGCCUCAUGUUCCUCCUGCAGAACCUCGGCCUUCUGAUGGGUUGGUCCUGCCUUUUGCUGCUGGCGCUCUUUGAGCACGAACUUAAAUUCUAAAUGCAGUUGUACAUCCCUUCCUGCAGGGUUGAGCCGAAACAAACUUGUUCUACUGUUUUUUUGACAUUUUCAUUGACUUGUUAAUUAUCGUCUCCUGCUCUGUACACUUGCAAGUGUUAGUUUGUGCAACCAGUAUGCUUUAACAAGUCAUUAUUUCUGAACAAGUGAGUGUUUCAUGAUAUUGUAGUCUCAGUACUGGAUCACAAAUAUAUGUUAUGUAUGGAGGUAUGAAGCCUUUCUUUUUUAUACUUGAUGAUUUAUUUUUGUAUGUUAGAUAUAUUGGGUGCCUGCAUCUAGACGCUACAUGUCUAGUUUGUACUCUUAUUUGGCAGCAGCAGGUGCAAUCGUGCAUAUUUGUUAUGUGAAAUAUUGAUGUUGCCUCAGACAAUCAAAUCAUUGGAUUUUGGAAUCAUUUAUCCACCAUGAAGAUAUAAAAUAUUGUAAAUCUACAUAUUUUAUUUUCUUUUUUAAUAUAGUUCUUGUCAGUGCCUCUAAACUGAUGGAAAAGGACACUUGAAAAUCAACGAGUGAACUUGGGAUUUUGCUAUUUUUGUAAAUUGUCUUAUUAUAUGUAUAUAUUGAUUAGA